AUGAGCCAACGAGCCAUGAAACGGGCCAGCCACUCCCGCUGCCCCGCCAACUGUUCCGGCGACCGCACCGCUUACCGUCCGACACCAACACCCAUGACCGGAUUACCAAACCCUACCAAGCACACGCACCCUCCUAACACCCCUCCAAACGUGCCUCCUCACAGCCCUGCACCUUCAACGUCCCUAGUUUUGAAUGUUUCCUCCACAGUGUCUGCUCUAAGGGUCGUGCUGCUGGGUAAAACUGGUUCUGGAAAGAGUGCCUCAGCAAACACCAUCCUGGGGAUGAAAGCUUUUAAAGAGGAUUUCUCACCUGAAUCUGUGACUGAAAAAUGCAAUAAUCAACAUAAUGUAGUGGAUGGUAGAGAAAUUACAGUGAUUGAUACACCAGGAUUGUUUGAUACAGAUAAGCCUAUGGAAGAACUAAGGGGUGAGCUGGAGAAGUGUGUUGAGAUGUGUCUCCCUGGGCCUCAUGCCUUCUUGCUGGUGAUCAGAUUAGAUGUGAGGUUCACAGAGGAGGAGAACAAUGCUGUGAAGUGGAUCCAGGAGAACUUUGGUAAGGGGGCGCUGAAGUACACUAUAGUGCUCCUCACUCAUGGGGAUGAGCUGAAGGGGAAACCAGUGGAGGAUUUCCUGUGCAAAAGUCCUGCGCUAUCAUCUCUUACUAAACAUGUUAGGGGUAGAUAUCACGUCUUCAACAAUAAGAGUAAAGACAGGACUCAGGUCAGAGAGCUAAAGGAGAAAAUUGAGGCCAUGGUGAAGGAGAAUGGGGGAGCAAACUACAUCAUUGAGAUAGCAAAAAUUUCCCUUAAAUAA